UGGCCGAAGAAAGGGUCAACAGACAAGCGUGGUCAGGCGUCUGCGACCGAUGGUGGAGCGCGUCCUUGCAACACCCAGCUACGUCUGGAGGAGGAUGGUGGUGACGUGGCCGGCCAUCAACAGGGGCCUGCAGCAGCGGCGGUGCCCGACGAAUGACUUCCAAGCUCUACGGCAAGGCGGAUGCCAAUGGCUGCCAACUAGCGCACGGUGACACGGAGGGGUGGGGUAGGUUUGUCCUGAGCUUUUACCCACCAAACAUGAGUGGAUGGGCAACGCACUCGGUCGAGGAGAUGUUGGGUGGGGCGGAGAGCGGCACCACCCCCUCUCUGCGGGAGAGGUGGUUCCGGUCCUCGAGCCAACGGGGUCGGCCGCCACCCUAGGAAAAAUUGAAGGGCAGGUGCCGCACAUGCCGGUGAGCAGUGCCGCUGAAAAAUCGAACUUCGGUGAUUGUGGUUG